CGCCGUCGCGUCGGCCGGUCGUGCAAAAUGUCGGUGCUGUUGAAAAACGUCACGAACUGCUUAUGGCACGCGUUCGACUCACUGCAGAAUAAUGAUUUUGUGCAUAAAUCUAAGCUGAAGGUCCUAACAGCGAACCUAGGCACGCUCCUAGACCUGUACGGUGUGGAGAAGGGUCUGGAUCAUUUCAAGUCGUCUUCGGAGCUGAGCUUCAGCGAGUUCCGUCACUACCUGCAGCAUGAGGUGUUCAGUAACCUCCCCAACACCAUGAACCUGCCCCUCGUCAGAGAGUACGAGAAGAAAAUUAGUGAGGUGAGCUGGUUCGUGUGUCGCAAGUCGCUGUUGUCGCGCGACAAGGCGGUGUUCGGCGACAACUCGGUGUUCAAGCUGUUCCGGAUAUUCUGUCUACUGGCUGAUCUGGUGCAGGACGCUGACAACACCGACCGUUAUGUGGUGGUACUCCAACCCUCAGAAGCGGGUAUGGUGGCAGAACAGCUAGUCCACUGCCUCGGCCUGCGAUGGGACGCCGCGGACUGGGAUUCGCUAGGCUCCUCCAUAGGCCACUUCAAGUGGACUGCCUUCCUGGCUGUGCUAGAGGCCAAGUACUGCUGCGACCAGCAAGUCCACCCAGAGGCGCUGGUGGAAGCUGUCGAUGAGCUUUAUGAUGUGUUCAUUGAGGAUAUUAUUAAAAAGGGCUACCUCUUCAAACGAGGCUACCUGCUCCCUACGAUGAGAGAAUACUGGUGUGUGCUGCAGCCCUGCGCCCUCACGUACUACAAGAGUUCGGCACAAAAGGAUCAGUGCGGUAGAAUAGCCAUCGACGAAUACUGCUCGGUAGAAGCCACCGCCAGUGACGGCAAAAUACAGAGAUUCCAAGUCAUCACGCCGGAGAGAACUUUUGAAUUCGGAACACAGGAUCAUAAAAGCAGACUACAAUGGGUGUCGGCGCUCCGUCAGGCUGCAGCCGCGUGGGACGGGGCGGAGGGUUACCAGCGUCGGGCGCGAGCGACCCGUCGGGGGGCGCUGGCCCGACGGGAGAGAGAGGUCAAGGAGGCCAGGGUGCGGCUGCAGCAUGAGGUCCGAGCCAGGCUCGCGGCUGAGGCUCAGGCACAGGAACUAGUGGAAUUAGCACAACAAGAUAAUAAAAAGCUAGAAGAGUUGAAACAUGCCCAGACUGAGCUUGAAAGGCUACUUCAAGAGGAAACCCAAGCUAAGCGAGAUGAAGAAAUCGUUAGAGCGCUACAAGCGAGAGUUUUAGCGGAAGAAUGGGAGAGAAGAGAAGAACUAGAAAGACUUCAAGAGGAACAAAACAGAUUGUUAGAAGAAGAAAGGUUGAAACGACAACAAUUUGAGAGGUUGCAGGCUGAAAAGGAAGCACAAUAUAGAGAAGCAGAAAGAAGACUUAAAGAACUAGAAGAAGAGAAGCAGCGACUAGACUACGAGCUGAAAGCAGCUCAACAGAAGAUCGUUAAGACAGAACAUAAUGCGCAGAUGUUAACUGUACAACUGAGAGAUCUAAACCCAAUGCUCAGAAACGGCGAGCGAGCGAGACGGGCGAUAUCAUUCGUGCCAACAUCCAAGAGCUCCUCAGACACCCUCAUCGACAUCAAAGCCAUGAGACAUCUGAAGACUUUAGAUGACAAUGAUAAUGCUUAGUCACAUUUAGUUUUGGACGACCACGAUUUCAAGGACGCAUUUAUGGCAUCACCUAACAUUUCUAUAGAAUAUAAUGUUAAAUUAUAAAAUUUAAAAACAACCCCCGAUUCAAAACUUUUAUAGCGCCAAGAAUGCGACUGAUAAAUAUUAAAACGUUCAAAGUUACAAGCUUUUAUGAAAUAGAUAAACCCAAAAUUCAUGGGCGUUUCUGAAAAGUUUGCGUUUUUAUAAAUUUUAUAAAUAAUUUUAUAAAAUUGAAGAACCUAUUUCUCCCUCAAACAUCUCAUAGGCAUUCUAGAAAAUCGCUGCAGCGGUUACUCUCUUUAAGGCUGAGUAUGCAUGUAGAUUGUAGAUUUAUGAUUAUUUAAUACCAAUUUUUUACUUUGUUAGAAGAAUCCCGUAGGUCAUUAUUUACGUAAAAUAUAUUUUUAUUUUUGAAGAACG